AUGGCGAAUCCUCACCCCAUCCAGUAUCCGCCGAAGGAGAAUCAUUUCCACCAGAAAGAUGCCGUCAAGGCAGGCAUUCAGGGUGCCAUGAUUGGUGGUGGAGCUGGUCUCAUCGCCUCCUCUGUGCAGAAUUCCCUCGCCAAAGCCAACGUCGGUGCUAUGGGCAUCUUCACCCGGUCCGGCAGCACAAUCGCGAGCUUCACUUCCGUGGCCACGGUCUACCUCUUUACAAAGGAUGCAUCCGCCAACCUGCGAGAGAAGGACGAUACCCUGAACGUCACCGUCGCCUCCUUCCUUGCCGGCUCUACACUAGGAUUGAGAACUGCCCGGAUGCCGCGCAUUCUCGGAUUCGGUGCCGUCUUCUCCGUGGUCAUGACGGCUUUCGAUUACACAGGUGGCAGUCUGCGUGGAAAGAGGACAGAGGUACCCGGGAUGGACGAGUAUGAGCGCAAAGAAUUCAUGCGGAAGAACCGCAGACGGCCAAUAACCGAGACCAUCGCAGAUAUCGGCGAGGGUAGAGACAUUAAGCCACCUGGCUACGAGGAGCGGAGACGAGAGCGACUCAGAGAGAAGUACGGCGUCGAAAUCAGUCCCGUCUCGGCCAAUGUGGAGUAG